UCAGGUUGCAAGGUGCCAAGAAAAGGCGAUUUAAGUUUUAUCCCUGCACCAGAUGCAGCUGUUAAUCUUGACAUAAGAAAUUUAAAUAAUUUGAACACAAAUCAAAUUGUCGACUCAGCGUCUCAAACCUUGCACGAUAACCUUUCCUCUGCACCAAGUUUAAAUACAGAGAUUCUGUUAUCUCAAAAUGAAAUGAUGCAAAAGAGAGUGAAAUUUGAUGACAACUGUGUACCAGCGUCUAAAGAUUCUCUAUCAAAUUUUCCAUUUUUAUCAUCAGUUGUGAAUUCAGAUAUGAAACCAACUAUACUUGAGACACCUAUUUUAAUUUGUGAUGAUACAAACUCAAUGGCUACUGCAGAUGUUCAGACAUGGCUUCAAUUUGAAAAUCUGACACUCACCAAUGAUGAUCGAAGCCUUAUUUUAAAUCCAAUGGGGCUUCUCAACGAUAAAGUUGUUUUUGCUGCAAUGUUAUUGUGUAAGCGCCAAUUUCCAGAUAUUAAAGGUCUUGAAGAUCCGAUUCUGUGCUUUGCUGGUCUAUGUAAUGCUUCUAGCAGGGCCUUUGUUCAAAUUUUUAAUGAUUCGACAAAAGGACAUUGGGUAACUGCCUCUAACCACCAUUGUAAAGAUAGUCAAAUAAAUAUUUAUUGUAGUCUGCAACUUUUUCCGAGUACAGACUGCAUUUACUCAAUUUCUAAAUUUGCUUGCCUACAGUCUGUUGAAAUAGAGCUUAACAUAAACAAUGUAGCCCGUCAGAAAGAUCUUUUGUGUGGCUUUUAUGCUAUAGCAAAUUGUGUUACUCUGUGUUUAGGAAAAGAUCCUUGUAACUUUAAAUAUAGGGAGGACUUGAUGCGCCAACAUUUGCUGACAUGUCUUGAAAAUUACAAAAUAACCCAGUUCCCUGUUGAUAGUUAUAGAACUGUUAGAAAAAAUGUAGUUCGUACCUCAAAAUAUCCUUUGUAUUGUGUGUGUCGUAGUAUUUUUAAAUCAACAGACUCAAUGAUCCAGUGUUUGAAUUGUAAUGAAUGGUUUCAUUCUUCUUGUGUGGGCCUAUCUGAAUUAAUGUUUACAGAGUACAAGGCAAGUCUGCGGAAGGUUUACAAAUGCAUUAAAUGUUUGUAG